GAAAAAUGAUGAAGGUGGUCAAUCUCAAGCAGGCCAUCCUCCAGGCGUGGAAGGAGCGGUGGAGUGAUUACCAGUGGGCCAUAAACAUGAAGAAAUUCUUCCCGAAGGGGACUACGUGGGACAUCCUGAACUUAGCAGAAGCCCUUCUUGAUCAAGCCAUGAUCGGCCCGUCGCCAAACCCACUAAUUCUGUCUUACUUGAAAUAUGCCAUCAGUUCACAGAUGGUGUCGUAUGCCAGUGUUCUGAUGGCCAUUAGCAAGUUUGAUGACUUCUCUCGAAACCUCUGUGUCCAGUCCUUGCUGGAAAUCAUGGAUAUGUUCUGUGACCGGUUAAGCUGCCGCGGCAAGGCCGAGGAGUGCAUCGGCCUGUGCCGCGCUCUGAUGAGCUCCCUCAGCUGGAUGCUGCGCUGCGCCGCCUUCUACGCGGAGAAGAUGAAGGAGCCGCUGGAGCAGGGAGCGGCCGAAAGCCAGCUUGAGAUGUGCUUGCAGCGGCUGGCAAAAAUCCUGGGCAGCACCAAGAACCGGGCUCUGAUUCACAUCGCCAAACUGGAAGAAACAACUUCCUGGGGUGCCGUUGAGCAGUCCCUGGCCAAACUGGGAGACAGUUUAGGGCACAUUGGCAACAACGUGUUACAGAACCAGGCGGAGGAGUGCAUUGGCCUUGUCAAGAGUAUCCCCACCAUGCUUUCAGUGCAUUCGGAGCAGCUGAACAAAACGGGCUUCCCCACUGUCCAUGCCGUGGUCCUGUUAGAGGGGACAAUGAACUUAACAGGGGAGCCUCAGCCCCUGGUGGAGCAGCUUAUGAUGGUGAAAAGAAUGCAGAGGAUACCAUCGCCUCUUUUCAUCCUGGAAAUCUGGAAAGCCUGCUUUGUGGGAUUGAUCGAGUCUCCCGAAGGGACAGGAGAGCUGAAGUGGACAGCCUUCACUUUCCUCAAGAUCCCACAAGUACUGGUAAAACUGAAAAAAUAUUCGCAAGGAGAAAAGGAUUUUACAGAAGAUGUGAAUUGCGCUUUCGAGUUCCUUCUGAAGCUGACGCCGCUGCUGGACAAGGCUGAUCAACGCUGCAACUGUGACUGCAUCAACUUUCUUGUCCAGGAAUGCAGCAAGCAGGGCCUGCUCUCCGAAGCCAACAUGAACAACCUCAUAGCCAAACGGACCGCCGACAGAGAACACGCACCGCGCUUAAAGUCUGCCGAGAAUGCCAACAUUCAGCCCAACCCAGGCCUCAUCCUGCGAGCGGAGCCCACAGUUACCAACAUCCUAAAAACUAUGGAUUCGGACCACUCAAAAUCACCCGAAGGACUGCUGGGAGUUUUGGGGCACAUGUUGUCUGGGAAGAGCUUGGAUUUAUUGCUGGCAGCAGCUGCAGCUACGGGGAAGCUGAAAUCCUUCGCUCAGAAGUUUAUCAAGCUCAAUGAAUUUACCAAGCAGAUAAACGCCGAGAGCUCAAAAUCCGCUUCGGUCAGAGCGCUUCUCUUCGAUAUCUCCUUCCUCAUGUUGUGUCACGUCGCCCAGACCUAUGGCUCUGAGGUGAUCGUUUGGGAAGCGGGUCCCCCCGGGGAGGUCCCUUUCUUCGAGACUUGGAUGCAGACCUGCAUGCCGGAAGAAGGAAAGAUCCUCAACCCCGACCAUCCUUGCUUCCGGCCGGAUUCCACCAAGGUGGAGUCGCUGGUUGCUUUGCUCAACAACUCCUCUGAAAUGAAGUUAGUACAGAUGAAGUGGCAAGAAGCCUGCCUGAGCAUCUCUGCUGCCAUCUUGGAGAUCUUGAAUGCCUGGGAGAAUGGCGUUCUCACCUUUGAAUCAGUCCAGAAAAUCACCGACAAUAUCAAGGGGAAGGUGUGCAGCAUGGCCGUGUGUGCCGUGGCCUGGCUGGUGGCCCAUGUCCGCAUGCUGGGCUUGGACGAGCGGGAGAAGUCGUUGCAGAUGAUACGGCAGCUGGCCACGCCCCUCUUCGGGGAGAACACCCUGCAGUUCUACAGCGAGCGAGUGGUGAUCAUGAGCUCCAUCCUUGAACACAUGUGUGCCGACGUGUUGCAACAGACAGCCGCUCAGGUCAAGUUCCCAUCCACUGGGGUGGACACCAUGCCCUACUGGAACCUCCUCCCUGCCAAGAAGCCCAUCAAGGAAGUGCUGAUGAGCGUCUUCUCCAAGGUGCUGGAGAAAGGCUGGGUGGACAGCCGCUCCAUCCACAUCUUCGACACCCUCCUGCACAUGGGGGGCGUCUACUGGUUCUGCAACAACCUCGUCAAGGAACUGCUGAAGGAGACCCGGAAAGAGCACGCCAUGCGGGCGGUGGAGUUGCUGUACUCCAUCUUCUGCCUCGAUAUGCCGCAGCUGACGCUCACCCUCCUGGGGCACAUCCUGCCCAACCUGCUGACGGACUCCUCCAAGUGGCACAUGCUCAUGGACCCGCCGGGCAAGGCCCUCGCCAAGCUGUCUGUCUGGUGUGCCUCCAGUUCCUACACCUCCCACAACAAAGGACAGGCAUCUGCCUGGCAACGGAAGAGACACAGGGAAGAUAUCGAGGAUUACAUCAGCCUCUUCCCACUGGAUGAUACCCAACCAUCCAAACUCAUGCGCCUGCUCAGCUCCAACGAGGAAGAGACCAGCAUCUUGUCCAGCCCUAGUAAGUGGAAUCCUGCAGAUCGGACCAUGAGCAGUUCGCUCUCUGCCUCGCAGCUCCACACGGUCAGCAUGAGAGACCCCCUCAACAGAGUGUUAGCCAACCUCUUCCUGCUGAUCUCCUCCAUUUUGGGCGCCAAGACAGCCGGGACACACACCCAGUUUGUCCAGUGGUUCAUGGAGGAGUGUGUGGAAUGCUUGGAACAGGGUAGCCGUGGCAGCAUCCUACAGUUCAUGCCUUUCACCAUGGUCUCGGAGCUGGUGAAAGCAUCUACCAUGUCCAGCCCCAAAAUCGUACUGGCCAUCACGGACCUCAGCUUGCCCCUGGGCCGCCGGGUGGCUGCCAAAGCCAUUGCCGCCUUGUGAGCAUCACAGAGGGCCCCCGCU